AUGAAAAUUAAAAAGUUAAAUAGAGAGAAAACAUCUACUCAUUCUUCAAGAACCAUCAAGAUUUACAAUAAUAAGAAGCUUAAUGCCAGUAAAAGAGCUUAAAAUAAAGACCUGGGAAAACCUCCAAAUUUAAAAAACAUUAUUUUAGAUAAACCAAAUAUUUGGGCUGCCAAAGAGAAAUCAAUUAGACUGAUAACUUUCUUAAUAAACUAAGGGAGGCAUUUUCUACUUCAUCCAGCAGGAACAAAGAAGAUCUUGAAAUAUGAAUCUAAUUAGUAAAAAUAGAAAGAAAAGGAAAACUUACAUAAUUAUAUUAACAAAAUGAAACCAUUAUACGAUUUAUUAGGAUAAAUAUCUAUUACUUAUCUUGGAUUUUAAUAGAGAUAGUAAAAGAAAGAAAGAUUAAUUGUAUUUUUUUUUAGAAAUAAUUCUUAAAUAGAUCCUCAAUAUGAUAAUCUAGAGCCUCUUAUUAAUAAUUAAUUAUAAUAUGAAUUAGAAGAAAUUAAAUUUUAGCUUGACAAGAACUUUUUUAGAGAACUUCAUGAGAUUUUAAAAUAACUAGUAGGAAAUUAAAUAAAUAUUUAAAAUCAAAUUAAACUAAUUACUUAAAAAAUAGUGAAUUAAACUAAUGAUUUACAUGAACUAUCCUAAGCUAAUACAAUAGCCAAGAAUUUAUUCAUCUAGUUAUUGAUUGAGUAAGGAAAUAAAAAUUUAUAAUUAUUGAAAACGAUUAUUGAAGAUUAGGAUGCAAAAUAAUUAGUUAAAUUAUUUAAAUAUUUCAUUACAUCUAAUUCAUUAAGAAUUGAGGAAUUCAUAACAAAUAUAAUAAAAUUGAUGUAAGGAGACAACUUUAACAAUUUAACUGAAAAUUCUCAUCAACAAGAUAUUUUUAAUGAUGAAUGUUUAAUAUAAUUAAAAUACCUAUAUCCAGAAAAUGAUAAUUCUAUUUAUCUUAGUGAUUAAGAAGGAUUUAUUUGA